GCCUGGGCGCCUGGGGCGGGUCUGGGGCGGGCCCUCGGGAGUCGCGGGGCACUGCAGCCGCCACCCGCUGCGCGGCACGGGCGUCGCGCCGGGAGCCCGGGCUGCAGGUGUAGGCGAGGGCGGGCAGAGGGCGUGUACUUCUUGCCCUUCCUCUGUGCAUGGCUGACAGUGCUAGACCCGAGUUCAUCUGACAAAGGGGGAAACUGAGGCCGGGAAGUGGGAGGCGUGAUUAACUGCUGGUGGCGCCGCCGCCUCGCCCUAGGCGUGUUUCCCUCGCCCCUCUGCCCCCCGCCCCCCGCGCUGUCCCAGCGGCUGCUUGGAGGAGGAGGAGCAGCAGCUCGGGUCGUGGAGGAGGGGCCAGGGCAGCCCGUUGGAGCCUGGACACUAGGGUCUGGAAUAAAAGGCCAAGCUCAGAGGACACUCAGCUGGGCGGCAGCAAGUUCUGGAGCGACCCUAUGGAAAACAAACAGAUCCUGUGUGUGGGACUCGUGGUGCUGGACAUCAUCAACGUGGUGGACAAGUACCCGCAGGAGGACGAGGACAGCAGAUGUUUGUCCCAGCGAUGGCAGCGUGGAGGCAACGCGUCCAACUCCUGCACUGUCCUCUCCCUGCUCGGAGCGCCCUGUGCCUUCAUGGGCUCGCUGGCCCCCGGCCACGUGGCUGAUUUCCUGGUGGCUGAUUUCAGGCGGCGGGGAGUGGACGUGUCUCAGGUGGCCUGGCAGAGCAGGGGGGAAACCCCGUGUUCUUGCUGCAUCGUCAACAACUCCAAUGGCUCGCGCACCAUUGUGCUCUACGACACGAACCUGCCAGAUGUGUCUGCCGCAGACUUCCAGAAGGUUGACCUCACUCGCUUCAAGUGGAUCCACAUUGAGGGCCGGAACGCGGCCGAGCAGGUGAAGAUGCUGCAGCGGAUCGAACAGCACAAUGCCCAGCAGCCUCUGGCCCAGAGGAUCCGGGUGUCCGUGGAGGUGGAAAAGACCCGCGAGGAGCUCUUUCAGCUGUUUGGCUACGGAGACGUGGUGUUUGUCAGCAAAGACGUGGCCAAGCACCUGGGCUUCGGGUCCGCCGAGGAGGCCCUGAAGGGCUUGUACAGCCGCGUGCGGAAAGGGGCGACGCUGAUCUGCGCCUGGGCCGAGCAGGGCGCCAGCGCGCUGGGCCCCGACGGGAAGCUGCUGCACUCGGACGCUUUCCCGCCGCCGCGGGUGGUGGACACGCUGGGGGCGGGCGACACCUUCAACGCGGCCGUCAUCUUCAGCCUGGCGCAGGGGAAGAGCGUGCAGGAGGCGCUUCGGUUCGGCUGCCAGGUGGCCGGCAAGAAGUGUGGCCUGCAGGGCUACGACGGCAUCGUGUGAGUGACCGCCGGUGAGGCUGGAGUCACUGGCUUGCACGGGGCAGAUGCGGGCUGUGGGCGGCCCGUCCUGUCCUGGCACCUCGCCCUGCUGUGCUGUGGCAGAGCAAAUAAACCGCCUCCACGCC